CAAAUAGUAGUUUGCACGUAGCAUUUCAUGAUUGCAUUGGAUUUAAUUUGCUGACCUUGGUGCAGUUAUGAAGAGAACAGUUCCUUACAACUCCAGAUGGGCAGAGAGGCGAUCCACUGUGGUUUAUGCCGUGCGCUCUGCCACAUUCAGCUCCUGGAGGAUGCUCACCUUGGGCACAGAGUACGGCACCUGGGCGCAGUCACCCGACAGGCUGCGUCGGAGGCAAGCCGUGGUCCAGGAGCUGGAGGAGGAGGAGGCAGAACCCUGCGUCGACGCCGAACCGUCGUGGAGAGCCGCUGACACGACCGAAACUGUGCAAAAUUAUGACACCGUUUUACAGCUUGACGGAGCGUCCAGGCCGGGGGGGAGAGACGGCGUGCGUCGGAUCAUCAGGAAGCACGAGCUCCUGCACAGCACCCCGUGGACCGGCCGAAUGGCUCGCUUCGCAGAAGAUCUACCCACCCGCUAUGGAGGAAGUGGAGGCGGCGGAGGAAGAGGUGGACCGGGCGCCGGGAGAGGGGGAGCCCGGGGUGGGGGUGCUCCGGGUGGCCAGAGGAUGUACAAGCAGUCGAUGGCCCAGAGAGCCAGGACAAUGGCUAUAUACAACCCCAACCCUGUCAAACAAAACUGCUUCACUGUCAACCGGUCCCUGUUCAUCUUCCGCGAGGACAACCUCAUAAGGAAGUAUGCAAAGCGAAUAACCGAGUGGCCUCCAUUUGAAUACAUGAUCCUGGCCACAAUCAUCGCCAACUGCAUCGUCCUGGCCCUGGAGCAGCAUUUACCCGCCAGCGACAAGACACCAAUGUCAGAACGCCUGGACGACACAGAGCCCUACUUUAUUGGAAUAUUCUGUUUUGAGGCCGGCAUUAAGAUCAUCGCCCUGGGCUUUGCAUUUCACAAAGGCUCCUACCUCCGCAAUGGCUGGAACGUAAUGGACUUUGUGGUCGUCCUCACUGGAAUCCUGGCCACUGUGGGCUCGGACUUCGACCUGCGAACGCUGCGGGCGGUGAGAGUGCUCAGACCGCUCAAACUGGUGUCAGGAAUCCCCAGUCUCCAGGUGGUGUUGAAGUCCAUAAUGAAAGCCAUGGUUCCCUUGCUGCAGAUCGGCCUGCUGCUGUUCUUCGCCAUUGUCAUGUUUGCCAUCAUAGGAGUGGAGUUUUACAUGGGCAAAUUUCACACCACCUGCUUCAGAAUCGACACUGGUGAGAGAGUGGCAGACUGGCCUUGUGGUCAGGAGCCUCCAGCCAGGACGUGUCCCAACGGCACCCAGUGCACCGAGUACUGGACCGGCCCCAACUUCGGCAUCACCAACUUCGACAACAUCCUGUUUGCGGUGCUCACUGUGUUCCAGUGCAUCACCAUGGAGGGCUGGGUGGACAUCCUCUACAGUACCAAUGAUGUGGCAGGAAACACCUGGAACUGGCUUUACUUCAUCCCUCUCAUCAUCAUCGGCUCCUUCUUCAUGCUGAACCUGGUGCUGGGUGUCCUGUCAGGAGAGUUUGCCAAAGAGAGAGAGCGUGUUGAGAAGAGGCAGGAGUUCCUGAAGCUUCGGCGACAGCAGCAGAUUGAGAGAGAGCUGACUGGCUACCUGGAGUGGAUCUGCAAAGCAGAGGAGGUGUUGCUGGAGGAGGAGGAUGAGAAUGCAGAGGAGAAGUCCCCACUGGACGGUGCGUGGUACAAGAGGAAACAGAACCUCCCAGUGCUGAAGCGAGGCAAAGCCAAGAAGGGCAAAAAUGACCUGAUCAGCGCUGAGGAAGGGGAGGAUCCCUUCACAGACAUCUCCUCCGUCGCUCCCCCCGGCUCUCCAUUUGGCCGGGCCAGUGUGAAAAGCAGCAGCAAGAUGGACAGCUCCUCUUACUUUCGCCGGAAGGAGAAGAGGAUUCGUUUUUUUAUCCGACGCAUGGUCAAAGCACAGAGUUUCUACUGGAUAGUGCUGUGCCUGGUGGGCCUCAACACAAUGUGUGUGGCCAUAGUGCACUACGACCAGCCCGAGUGGCUCACCAGGGCCCUGUACACGGCAGAGUUUGUGUUCCUGGGGUUGUUUCUCACAGAGAUGACCUUGAAGAUGUACGGCCUGGGAGCCAGGAAUUACUUCCACUCCUCGUUUAAUUGCUUCGACUUUGGGGUGAUUGUGGGAAGCAUCUUUGAGGUGAUCUGGGAUAUGAUCAAACCAGGAGCGUCCUUUGGCAUCAGUGUGCUGAGAGCCCUGCGAUUACUCAGGAUAUUCAAAGUCACCAAAUACUGGAACUCGCUGAGGAACCUCGUGGUUUCCCUCCUCAAUUCCAUGAAGUCCAUUAUCAGCUUGCUCUUCCUCCUCUUCCUCUUCAUCGUCGUCUUUGCUCUGCUGGGCAUGCAGCUCUUUGGAGGACAGUUCAACUUUGAAGAUGAGACGCCGACGACAAACUUCGAUACCUUCCCGGCUGCCAUCCUCACCGUGUUCCAGAUUCUGACUGGCGAGGACUGGAAUGCAGUAAUGUACCAUGGGAUCGAGUCUCAAGGAGGAGUGCGCCGAGGAAUGUUCUCCUCUGUCUACUUCAUCGUUCUCACACUCUUUGGAAACUACACCCUCCUAAAUGUCUUCUUGGCUAUCGCUGUUGAUAACCUUGCAAAUGCACAGGAGCUGACCAAGGAUGAAGAGGAGCAGGAGGAGGCAGCCAAUAAGAAGCUUGCCCUGCAGAAGGCCAUGGAGGUGAAGGAAGUCAGUCCCAUGUCAGCAGCCAACAUCUCGAUCGCUGCUUUUGUAAAGCAAAAUCGAGAUGCACUCUCUCGCAGGUCGUCCAUCAGCAGCAUACAGUCACCGAGUUAUACUAUCUACUCUCCCGCCCGACGAAUCUUGAGUAAGGAGCAGCAGCGGUCAGCAAAGGCCAUGUCAGUGUGGGAGCAGAGGACCAAUCAGCUGCGGAGACACAACAUGAGGGCCAGCAGCGAGGCCUUGUUCAACGAGCUCGAUCCUGAGGAGCGCGUCCGCGUGUCCUCCGCCCUCCACCUGCGUCCCGACAUGAAGACCCACCUGGACAGGCCGCUGGUGGUGGAGUCCAGGAACGGCGACAAACCCCGGCCCCCUGAAGGAGGCAAGGAGGACUUAGGGGAGCCCCUGCAGGACGGGGUGGGAGACGCCCUCCACGCACACUCCAGAAAGCACCACCGCCACCGAGACAGGAACGGGGAGAGCAGGGAUGCAGGCGACGUCCGGGGUAACAGGCACCACACACAUCACAGCCGCAGCAGAGACCACCCCGAUGGUCCCAGGACUAAAGAAGGGAGAGGGGACAGGAGCCGCAGCCGCGAGGGCGGGCAGGGACACAGGCACCACCGCCAAGGAGGCUCCCCAGAGGAGGGGAUGAAUGAAAUACGAGCAGGGGACGACAGGGAGCACCGGCAUCAUCACUCCCAUCGUCAGCUGAAAGAGGGAAAUGGGGCCCUGGCAAACGGGGCAAGGGGAGAGCGCAGGGGAAGAGGACAGAGAGAGGGAGGAGGAGGAGAUAGUAAUGGGGAGAGGAAGGGGCGCUGCUCUCGCAUGAUCAGAGCCCAGUCUACUCUUGAUGGGGAUGAUUGUAAACGGAGCAGAAAUGGAGGCAAAGCUCAUAGGGACAGACAGACAGAUGCUGAGGAGGAUGGCCUUGCCUCCAGUCCUGUGCAGCCGCUGGUGAGCAGCCUGUGUACCGGGGACAAGCAAGAGGAUGCUGACAACCAGAAGAACUCGACCCGGGCCAGCCAGGCUGGCCUCAAUAGCAGCACUAUCCACAUCCCUGUCACCAUCACCGCCCCCCCUGGAGAAACCACUAUCAUCCCUAUGAACAACAUAGACUGUGACAACCUCCCUCUCACUGAAGAGAAGAAAGAUCUGGAGGAGCAGGCAGCUAAUGGGCCGAGACACAUCCUACCCUACAGCUCUAUGUUUGUCUUUGGGCAGACAAACCCGGUGCGGAGGCUAUGCCAUUACGUGGUGAACCUGCGCUACUUUGAAAUGUGCAUCCUGAUGGUCAUCACCAUGAGCAGCAUCGCCCUGGCAGCCGAGGACCCGGUGCAGGCCAACGCACCGCGCAACAACGUCCUCAAGUAUCUGGAUUAUGUGUUCACUGGAGUCUUCACCUUUGAGAUGGUGAUUAAGAUGAUCGACUUGGGUCUGCUCCUCCACCCCGGCUCUUAUUUCCGUGACCUGUGGAACAUUCUGGACUUCAUUGUGGUCAGCGGCGCUCUGGUGGCCUUCGCCUGCUCAGGGACUAAAGGCAAGGACAUCAACACCAUCAAGUCCCUGAGGGUUCUCAGAGUCCUCCGGCCUCUGAAGACCAUUAAACGGCUGCCCAAGCUCAAGGCUGUGUUUGACUGUGUCGUGAACUCCCUGAAGAACGUUCUCAACAUCCUCAUCGUCUACAUCCUCUUCAUGUUCAUCUUCGCUGUAAUCGCCGUGCAGCUCUUUAAGGGCAAGUUCUUCUACUGCACCGAUGAGUCCAAGGGUCUUGAGAAGGACUGCAGGGGUCAGUUCCUCGAUUAUGACAGGGAUGACGUGGCAGCUCAGCCCAGAGAAUGGAAGAAGUACGAGUUCCACUAUGACAACGUUAUCUGGGCCUUCCUGACACUUUUCACUGUCUCCACCGGAGAGGGCUGGCCAAUGGUCCUGAAGCACUCAGUGGACGCAACCUACGAGGACCAGGGCCCCAGCCCAGGCUUUCGCAUGGAGACAUCUAUCUUCUACGUCGUCUACUUUGUGGUGUUCCCCUUCUUCUUCGUCAACAUCUUUGUGGCUUUAAUCAUCAUCACCUUCCAGGAGCAGGGGGACAAGGCCAUGUCAGAGUGUAGCCUGGAGAAGAACGAGAGGGCUUGCAUUGACUUUGCUAUCAAUGCCAAGCCACUGACAAGAUACAUGCCGGAGAACAAACAGUCCUUCCAGUACAAGAUGUGGAAAUUUGUGGUGUCACCACCAUUUGAGUAUGCCAUCAUGACCAUGAUUGCCCUCAACACAAUCGUAUUGAUGAUGAAGUUCUAUGGAGCCCCAGACCUGUACGAGUCCAUGCUGAAAUACCUGAACAUCGUCUUCACAGCCCUGUUCACACUGGAGUGCAUCCUCAAGAUAAUUGCCUUUGGUCCACUGAACUACCUAAAAGCAUCGUGGAAUGUGUUCGACUUUGUGACGGUGCUCGGGAGCAUCACAGACAUCUUGGUCACAGAGAUUAAGACGGACAAGAUGAUUAACUUGAGCUUCCUGAGGCUCUUCAGGGCAGCUCGUCUCAUUAAGCUGCUGCGACAGGGCUACACCAUCCGCAUUCUCCUUUGGACUUUUGUUCAGUCCUUCAAGGCCCUUCCGUAUGUCUGCCUACUUAUUGCCAUGCUGUUUUUCAUCUAUGCCAUCAUUGGCAUGCAGGUGUUUGGGAACAUUGAGCUGAAUGAGGAGACCGCCAUAAACCAUCACAACAACUUCCAGACCUUUUUGCAGGCCUUGAUGCUUCUGUUCAGGAGCGCGACGGGCGAGGCGUGGCACGAGAUCAUGUUGGCGUGCCUGAGUAAUCGGCCGUGUGAUAAGCUCUCCGGCUCUGGGGGGAAGGAGUGUGGAAGCGACUUUGCAUACUUCUACUUUGUCUCCUUCAUCUUCCUCUGCUCCUUCCUGAUGUUAAACCUAUUUGUUGCCGUCAUUAUGGACAACUUUGAGUACCUGACCAGGGACGCCUCCAUCCUAGGGCCUCACCACCUUGACGAAUUCAUCCGCGUGUGGGCGGAGUACGACCCUGCUGCGUGUGGCCGUAUGACUUACCGCGAUAUGUACGAGAUGCUCCGCGACAUGUCCCCUCCGCUAGGUUUGGGGAAGAAAUGUCCACCCCGAGUUGCCUACAAGCGAUUGGUGAGGAUGAACAUGCCCAUUGCAGAUGACAACACAGUGCACUUCACCUCCACACUGAUGGCCCUAAUCCGCACAGCCCUGGAGAUCAAACUGGCAUCUGGGGUCCUAGCGCAGCGUUUGUGUGACGCUGACCUCAAGAGAGAGAUCAACCGAGUCUGGCCCAGCCUGCCACAGAAGACUGUAGAUCUGCUGGUGACACCACACAAACACAAUGAGCUCACAGUGGGGAAGGUCUACGCCGCCUUGAUGAUCUUUGACUACUACAAGAUGAAUCGUGCCAAAAGACUCCAACAACAGCAGUCUUCAGGGGGACCUCAGAGUAAAAUGGGGGCCCUGUUCCGACCAAUGCUGCCCUUAACUCACAUACAAGAAGCUGAGCCGCCGAUUUCUAGUCCUAAGCCGCCGUCCCCGUCGAAGCCUGAACCAGAGCCUCAGCUGGACGUCCCGCCCACGACCGCCAUCACCUCGUUGACCACUAAGGAUGCAUUACUAAACCAGAGAAGUGCCAUAAAACAUUCUCAGUCUGGAGAUGUGUCUCAGGCAGCCCAGAGGCCCAAAGGCAGGAGGAAUCUACAGAGAGGCCAGUCAGAGGAUGUGACACACUCUACAAAACCUCAGGAAUCAGUUGAGAUGAAACAGGUGGAGAACACUUCAGAUGCUGAGGGAUAUCGUGGCCUGGAGGGCCAGUGCAGAGCGGCCUCCAUGCCCCGACUCAACACUGAGUACUAUCGGAGCCACCCUCGCCACGCCCCUGGGACCCACCUGGCACCAAUUGUCGACCUUAGUCCCAUUCGACGGUCCGCGUCCUCGCUGACGCCUCAACGGCCCCAGGAGGUGAGCCUGAGGGAGUAUGACCUGGAGCGGCCCGGCCACGUUCAGAGCUCCGCAGGCCCAGGACAGGGCCAGGGCCAGGACAGAGCCCAUCACCAUCACCAUCACCAUCGCUGCCAUCGACGCAGGGACAAGGACAAGAAGCAGAAGUCUUUUGACCGAGCCUCCUCAGUGCAGCCUUCCAGCACUGCCGGUUUGUUCACCGACCCCUCAGCUGAAGGCUUGACGAGAGAGCGAGCGAGGGAACGGGAUCGCGGCCGGUCUCAUGAAAGACGGCACCACUCGGCGGCGGGAGAGAAGCAGCGCUACUUCUCGUGUGAGCGUUACGGUAGCAGGGAGCAAUGCCACACCAAGUCAGCGGGUCCCAGUCGAUCCACCUCCCCGGGGGAUGGUCCAGACUCUGGCCCAGGUUUCCUCAAACAGCAUGGUAGCAGUGUGGUUAAAGGUGGCCCUGUAGCGCUGACCCCUGGUUCCAGUACACCUGGCCGUGGUCGCAGACAGCUCCCCCAGACCCCACUGACCCCUCGCCCUGCUGUGGCCUACAAGACUGCCAACUCUUCGCCUGUGCAAUCAGGCGCCAGCACCACUACAACAGGGCACCCGUCCCGCCUCAGCCGUGGCCUCUCAGAGCAUGAUAGGCUACUCGGGGGCAUGGACGAGUCCCCAGUGCCUAUCACUCGCAUUGGAUCAGACCCCAAUCUGAACCCUCAGCAACGGGACGCCCCUCAACAAGGCCUCCUUGAAGAAACAGAGGACUUCCAAGAUGCUAUCAGCACCCACGGAGGGGGACGCUUGCCCCGAACCACUGCCUCUUCUACAGCCACAGCUUCACAUGGAGCCACGGCUACUGCCACAGCAUCCGGCACGCAGGGUCGGGCAGGGCCAGUACCAAAUGGGUACCACUUCACCCUGGGAGUCAACUCUGCGUCUGGGUCGGGUACUAGAGGAACAGGUAGUCUCAGGGAGAGAGAAGAAGAGGACUGGUGCUAACAUGGCUACACAUAUUUGGAAGUAUUAUAGUGUGAACUGUGGAAGGAGCAGCUUAUCAGUGAUGUACAGUGUUGCUGUCAGGUCAUACUGGCUGGUUGGCAGCCAGUGGAUAAUUACAGAAGGAGUUAUGUUUAGGAAAAAGCCACUGGAAGUGCUGUAAAAUGAAAAAAAAAAAAAAAAAAAAAAUCAUUCCAGUUUUGUAGUGUUACUCUCUCCUUUUUAUACAAAGGACUCUUUAAGGAAAAAGGAUGCUACUGACUUUUUUCUAUCCCCUUUCUUGCACUGAAAUUCUACUUUAUUUCAACGGUGUGUGCAAAGUGCAUCGCACGCAUGAAAAACCCUUAAGUAUUUUGCCUUGGCCAGUAAAAUCAAUGUUGAAGCAGAAGACAAAAAGACAAAAUCUCCUCGUUCUUUGAGUGGGGGCAAAAUGAAGACUAUGAAGUGAGUUUUAAAUUAGUCAUUCAACACGAGACCCCUCUGAAUGCCUCAAUCUUAGCCUGCUCCUUCCUGGUGUAAAACGUGGCUGCUCAAAACACUGUUGUCUUGUUUUGUUUUGGUUUUUUUUUUUUUUUUUUUUUUUUUUUUUUCAGUUGCUGUUCUGUUGCUGUUUGCCAUGUAAAUGAAACGAGAUGUCUACAGGCUCAAGGGAUUACGGAAAAAAUGCACUACCACCAAAUCCUUUUCCGUCUCUGCACAAAGUUGUUUUUUUUUUUUUGUUUUUUUUUUUGGGUUCAGCAGCUCUUUCUAAAGAGAAACAAUGGGGUUCUCACUGGCAGACGUUGCCAAUUCAGAUCAGACGAGACAUUAAAAAUAGAUUUUUAUGUAGAUCGUGAACUUUUGCCUCAUGUCACCGAACCGUGACGUGACAAACUGGCUCUCAGAGGGUGUGAGGGGGGAAAAAUUAACACAAAAAACUCACGAUUCUAGUUUAUUUAGACUGGGACUAGAGUAGUUUGACUAUCUUUUCAUGAUGUUCAUGUUUUUGUAAAUUGUACCAGAUGUAAAUUUUUUGAGUGCAUAUAUGGAUUAGAUCAACUCUUUUCUGACGUCAUGUGGCUGAAUACUAAGUGCCUCGCUUUCCAGAUGUGUUAAAGUGAUGAUGCAGCCUGGCUUUGGGCAGAGUGGUCUUGUGGAGGGAAUACGGUGGAUGUAAGUAUAAAUACCUGACCGAAAGUGGUUGUAAAUACAAACAAAGGUGAGGUGUGCAUCGGAAGUCAACGGUUCUCCUGUCGGGAUAGAACAAAGCUCUUGUUUGAAUCUAGAAUAAAUGGACAGAAUGCAAAAAAUACCUUCUUUACUGAAUCUUGUGGUAGGUAAGUCAGAAUUACAGAUCCAAAGUAAGCAACGUAGUGCAUGCCAGGGUCUUGAACUUGUCAAAAAAAAAAAAAAAAAAAAUUUAAAAAAUUGUGUCUGUACUUUUGCUUAAGGGUGUAUGGUAAGCUUUUUGCCUUUCUCUUUCAAAUAUACUGCCAGAGCAAGAUGGUUGAAAAAUGAGUUGUGAAUAGGGAAAAGUGCCAUUUGUUAUUUCCCAUCAACAAA